AUAUUUGUAACUCCCAACAGGAAUUAGGAGGCAAAAUGAAUACGCCUGUGCAGAAUUCCAAUUCUGUUGAAAAAUAUCAGCCCAUAUCUGAGGUCUUUCAAUGUGAUGCCCAAGGUAGCCUGCCACGGGAAUCAAACACUGAUUUUCGGCAGAACCUUCUGCCGCCACAUGUCUGUAUAUUCAAUCACGAGGUAUUUCCGAAUAAACCACAAAUGAAUCGAAGAGGCAGCUCAAAGGAUGUUGAAAAUCUGCACAAAACCUUCAGUAGCCUUGAAUGUUCGAUUGAAAUAGUUUGCAAUCCCACAUUGGCUAUGGUUAAGGACACAGUCAGGAAAUUAAUGACUUUCUUUUUUUCAGGAGGGAAAUGAUACCAUCGUAUACUUCGACGUUAGGAAAGAAGAAAUUUUACUUCUGGCACAACACCUACACGGAAUAAGUUACCAUCGAGUUGAACUUAUGUGUACAAUUCUAACAUUAAAACUGUCAGCAAACGCUGAGACAACCCAAAUGCUACAUUAUAACAUUAUAACUUUGUUGAUUCUACGAGUUUCGUUUCAUUGUAUGCAAUUUGGCAUUAUUCAACUGCUUAAAGUAAUGACGUGUUUCGUCAAAGUCCUAACCGUUCUUCGAAGUUAUAAUGCGAUUCAGUAUUUCUCCACUAGAAAUCUCGGCAUCCAUACCGCGAAUAGCCUUGUCGUUCACUUUUUGUUGUGUAGGAAAUUAUGAAUUAAUUGAGACAUGUACAACAUCUGCUAUGUACAUCAUCCGUCGAUCAGCUGAUAGUAUGUUAUAUUAUGGACUUUAUUAACUAUAAAUGAAUACCUAAUGGAUGACCUGGUGGUCAUUAGAUAUUAUUCUAACUCCAUGAUUGCGAACAGCGUUCUGAAAUUGCGAUACAAAGACAUAAAUGUUUUUCGGCAGAUAAGGACUGGGCAGGGGCUGGUCAAAAACUAAUAUUGGUGAUCUUGGCCGAGCUAUAUAUGUAUUUGGCUGCUUAUCUUGAGACAGGCACCCCAUAAGCAACAACAUAAGAGAGUUGAAUGAAGAUCGACAACCGAUAGUCAAGGAUCCGAUACUCAUAAAGAAUGCAUAAAAUAACUAGGAAUAUGAUCUUGUAUAAUUUAUUUAUAUUACUCUUAAAAACUAAAGACACUUAAACCAAAGGAUCAUCAGAAAGAAUGCAUAUGCAUUAUUAAUUGAAGUUCCUUUCCCUACAGGAAACUUUUAAUUGCUUGCAUAAACUAUAAAGCAAAGGAAUUACAACAAAUAGAAAGUCUUACUUGAUUUAUUAAAAUAUAGGUUUUGCAAAAAUGAUUUGGCAACUCUUAAAACUCUUAUCUUUGAGAUAACGCAUGCGGCAAAAACGGCAAUGUUAAUCACUCUUAAUUAUGGAUUCGAAUCGACAAGAGCUGCCGCUGGGAAGUGGAGAGUCUCAACAGGAAGUAAGGGACGAAGUUGCUUCGACAGCACAGGAUGUCAAUUCCGCCAAGAAAUUUCAGGCUAUAUCUCAGGUCUUUCCGUGGGGCAGCGAAAAGUUUGCUGAACUGGUCAGUGAGGAUGCGACUACCGAUGAUACACCGCCCAGAAAAUUCCAACCCGCUAGUAUGCUUUUCCAGUUCGAUGCUCGAGGGGAGAUAACUUCAAGUGCUCCUGUUCUAUUAGAAUCCUUCGAUCCUCCGCAGAAACUACUGCCGCCAUAUGUCUCCAUAUUAAAUCACGAGGUAUUUCCGAAAAAUCCAGAAACGAAUCGACAAGGCAGCUCAAAGGAUGUCGAAGCUCUGCGCAAAACCUUUGGAAUGCUAGAAUGUGAGAUCGAAGAAGUUCCUAAUCCCACACUGGCCACGGUUAAGGACACGAUCAGGAAAUUGGCUCUGAAAAGUUUCCUCACCCUGUCAGCUUUGGUCAUCGUCAUCUUGAGCCAUGGAGACCAGAAAGAUAAGAUCCACACGUGCGACGAUAAAGCAUACAACUUGGAUGAUGACAUUUUAUUUCCACUCUUCCAGAAUGAAUCUCUGGCAAAUAAACCCAAAAUCCUAAUAAUUCAGGCCUGCAAAGGCGCUUGGCAAGCGGAUUCUAGUAUAAUCAAAGCGAAUCCCUCAUCCUACAUUAAGUGCUACAGCACGACCGAGGGCUUCAAGAGCUAUCGUCACCCCAAAAAUGGAUCGCUUUUCAUUCAAACUCUGUGCAAUUUGAUGGAUCAACAUGGCCUCACGAAGGACUUUCGCUCAAUCAUUGAGGAUGUAAACGCCAACGUCGAGAGGCAAGCUAUAUUUCAUGGAUGUAAGCAAGUGCCAUCAAUAACAUCGACUCUAAGGCAACCAUUCUGUUUUGGAGACUUUGUGCAGCACACAACAAAAGUUAAGUCAUAAAUGUAAAAUGCAAUUUAUGAUUGUUUGAUCUGUUUGUCUGAACUGUCUAUAUCACUUAUAUACGACAAAGCAAAUUUGCUGAUAUAGGGAACAGCACCACUUUU